AUGGCUACCUCCCAGCCAGCUCCAAACACAUCUCCUGUGCCUUCAACUUUUACUGUCCUCUCACCUUGGCAUGAUAGCCAGCCAACUGGAUCUGAACAGCCAGCGACAGAUGAGCCUGCUAUUCCCAUGUCCAUUCCACCUUUUCGCCGACCCGAGGCCCAUCUUACCGAGGCCCCAAUCUUACCACUUCUGCUUUUUGAUGACGGUGAUACCCUUGUCUACAUUGACCCACCACCGGAGAAUGCCUACCACAUAUCAUCAAGCUCAUCCACAACCCCUCAUCGCGUCCACAGCGAGAAACUGCUGUACACGGGCUCUCCUUAUCUGACGAAAUUUUUUCAUCCUCGAUGGCAGAAACGACUCGCCAAACAACGAGGCUUCUAUCAAGGCUCGCUACCACGGGGAAUCAAAUAUCUUUUAGACUUGACCCCUCCAAUCCUAGAAGACGAUGCCAUCAUCCUUUUGACAGAGGUCUCCUGCCCGUUGGGUAUUCGAACGUGGGCUUCGCAGAGGUCCCUGUGGCAAUUGCCUCCAGCGUGUGUUGGAGGCAAGGAUAUUUCCGAGCCCGUGGGGGAAGGCGAGGAGGCGGAUCAGGAGGAGUCCGAGAACACUACUCAAUUGUCGUCACCCGUCUCAGCCUACCCCACCGAGGAAGACCCCGAGACCCCUCUGGACAAACCUGGCUUUGCUGAUCUGGAUGAGGGGCUACCUGAUGCCGCAGAAAUUGAAAAGCCGACCAGUCUACCGGUGGAGUACUCACCUGUGCGUCACCGGGAAGGAAUUGAGCACAUUCUACAUGUUUUGGAAGGUCUCAGUAUCUCCUUGGAUACCCCAUCCAAGCUGUGGACAUUCUUUGCGAUAGCUAAAGUCUUCGAUCUGACGACUGUGCCGGCCGUGAGCGGAUACAUUCUGUCAUGGUUCUAUCAAACCAGCAACACCAAGUUCAUUGAAAUUCAUCCGGAGAUCGCAUACCGAGUGGCUUGUGGGAUCAAAGCCCCUGAGCUUUGCCGCCACGCAUUUCUUGCUCUCAUCGGAGAUGAAGCUUUGCUGUACACGAUUCGAACCGCCAACAUCACGCCCACGCAUCAUUACAUUGAAAAUUUUCGCCACAGUCGGAUAAAUGGCCUCGACGAUACCGAGGUGCAGCGCAUAGAAUAUGCCAGCAAGAGCUUUGCCGAUGAUCUGAUUGACCAGUUCUUACGCCUUGCCGGGGCUGAGAUGAACUGGUUUACUGAAAACCCCGAGUAUCAAAAGCUCAUUGAGCACCGACGGAAAUUCCCGCAGGACUGGGCUGCGGUUGAUUAUCUGACAGGCCUUCUGAAGGAAUUUGUGAGGUACAGAAUCUACAGCAUUUUGAAACGAACUCGAGACCCAAUUCGAUCCAGCGAUGCAAUACCUGCGACCACGCGCCCUCAUAUGAACUUCACAUUCCCUAGACAACAAGUUCUACAGCGCCUUAUCGGGAGGAGCUUUUGGUACGGUCUAGUAAGCUUUGACCUCCUUUCUGACUCCGAUUUCCAGCCACAAAACUUUCCUCACAAGGAUAUCUCGGAUAUUGGCAAAGGGCUACUUGCCUUCAAAGGCCACGAUAGCGCUAGAAUCAGCUAUUGCCACCGCACAUUCGUCGAAAAUGAGACCAGCACCGUAAAUUGGAAAAUCGAUGCGCAGGAAAGGAAAUUAGCCGCGCCCCAGCACCAUCAAGUAAACUUGGCGAUGCGACCACUACUACCGAGCUUUGCGGAACCCGUUGCUUCGUCCUCGUCCUCGUCAUCGGUUUUUACACCGAGUCCGCACAGCAAACCGUUUGUCUUUCGCCCACGUGAGACUCAAAAUUGGAAUUUUCAGCAAUCUAGCUCGGCGUCGCAGAUAGCCUCGAGUUCGAGUCUGAACACCACACUAGAUAUGUUCGGUCCGCUUUCGUUUGGAGAAAUCGACCUUCCGAACCAAGAAAACCAAAACAAUCAAGCUUUCCCGGAGUAUUCAAAUGUCCCUGAAAACUUGACACCGAUUCAGCCCCAGCAAUCAUUCGGCCAAAACAACCUUCUCGGGGCACCUGCAAGACAUUUUGACUUGACUCUAUUCCUUGUCUCGGCCAAUACCUACAUCCGCGAGACCGCUGAGGAAUUACUUUUCCCUGCUGAAAAGCCCUCCAUUCCAUUUGAAUCCAUCGAUACUCUUAGCUGCCUGUCAGGAAAGCAGUUAAAUCUCUUGCCCCUAUGGGCCGGAGGCAACGACGACGGUAGCGGCGGCGUUUUCCAAGAUCAAGACAUUCCGAUCAUGGAAACCGGCGGGUUCUCCACUCCGGGACCUGCAGUACACACUGGCAGCAAUGCAACAACGGAGGAUUCAUUCAGUGAUAUUGGCCCAUCAGAUUCGCGAAGUACCAUCAACGGUGCAUCUAACUGCGCUACACAGUCGCACCGGACCGAAGUCAAGUCUCUGGACUCGUUCAACGAGGACUCCAUUAUGGAAGCCGAUUUCACACAGCCUGAAGAAAAUAAACGAUACAUGGAAGUUUCAGAAAGUGCAUACCUUGUCAAAUCUAGCCACGGAGAGGAAUUUAACUUUGAGAUGGACGGUGCGGACAGCGAUAGCAACAGUACACUGAUGGGCCAUCAAUCCGACAUUAGUGAUGAUGAUGAGGACAUGGAACACCCUGAAUACAACAGCAACAGUUACGGCGAUGAAGAUGACGAUAAAAAUAACGAUAACCAUGACCCUGAUGAUGACAAAAUUAUGAGUGAUACGGCUUCUCAUGGAUUUGAGAUGAUUGAUAGGCGCCUCUAG